AUGGCCUUCAAGUAUUCAACACUCAUCGACUCUUCCUUGUACGACAAGGAAGGUCUUUGCCCUGGAAUCGAUCUCAGAAAGCAUGUUGCCGGCGACCUUGAAGAAGUUGGGGCAUUCAGAGCCCAGGAAGACUGGCGCCGUUUCGUUGGGCCCUUGGAGAAGCCGUAUGCCGGUCUCUUGGGUCCCGACUUCAGCUUCGUUACUGCUGCGGUGCCAGAGUGCCUCCCAGAGAGAAUAGAGAUCGUCUCUUACGCGCUUGAGUUCGGUUUCAUUCAUGACGACGUUAUCGACAAAGAGAUCCACGAUGCCUCUUUGGACGAAAUAGAGAAUGCCUUGGAACAGGGCGGUCAGAGCGGCCAGAUCGAAGAGAAAGGCGCAUCUGGAAAGAAGAAGAUAUUGGCUCAGAUUCUCCGCGAAAUGAUGGUAAUUGACACUGAGCGAGCAAUGACUGUCGCCAAGAGCUGGGCUGCUGGAGUUGGGCAUUCAAGUAGAAGGCAGGAAGACGCACAGUUCAAUACUCUUGAGGAGUACCUCCCGUACAGGGCCUUUGACGUGGGAUAUAUGCUCUGGCAUGGCCUUGUCUUAUUUGGUUGCGCUAUUACCAUCCCAGAUGAAGAGGCCGAGGAGGCGACGAGGCUUAUCACACCUGCUUUGUUCACUGCCUCCCUCACCAACGACCUAUUUUCUUUUGAGAAGGAACGCGGAGACGUCAACGUUCAAAACGCCGUCUUGGUGGUCAUGAGGGAGCACGGCUGUAGUGAAGAGGAAGCCAGGGAGGUUUGUAAGGAGCGCAUCCGCAUCGAAUGUGCGAAAUAUGUCCGUAACGUCAAGGAAAUCCAGACGCGGACGGACGUUAGUGAUGAGCUCAAGAGAUACAUUGACACCAUGCAGUAUACCCUUUCCGCCAACGCGGCUUGGAGUACUAACUGUCCAAGAUACAAUGGGCCAACCAAGUUCAAUGAGUUGCAGUUGCUGAGAGCCAAGCAUGGCCUGGAAAAAUACCCAGCAAGGUGGCCGCCGAAGGACGCAACCAACGGCCAUUCCAUCAAGGCCGAACGCAAGGAGCCCGUCGUUAACGGUAAUGGUCAUUAUGAGCCGACCAAAACGAACGGCCUCAAGAGGAAGAGGGACAACAACAAUGGCGACACAAGAAUGAAUGGUACCAAUGGUGUGAACGGUGUCAAUGAUUUCAAGAAACCGGCACUUGGCUCGCGGGAUUCAUUCGUUCUUUCUGAUGUAGUGGCUCUGGCCCUUGAUCAGAAUUUACUAAACUUGAGCGAUAAUGUCGUUCUCGAACCUUAUCGAUACCUUACCUCUCUCCCUUCGAAGGGAUUCCGUGACCAGGCAAUAGACUCCCUAAACACAUGGCUCAAGGUGCCUUCGGCAUCGGCCAAGACGAUCAAGAGUAUUAUCAAGAUGCUACAUAGUGCAUCCCUCAUGCUCGACGACAUUGAGGACGGCUCACCGCUUCGCCGUGGCAAGCCCUCUACCCAUAGUAUCUAUGGCACCGCCCAGACAAUUAACAGCGCAACAUACCAGUAUACCGAAGCGACAGGUCUGGCAGCCGAGCUCAGCAACCCGGCAUGCCUUCGUAUCUUCGUCGAAGAGGUGCAACAGCUCUACGUGGGACAGAGCUAUGACCUCUACUGGACGCAUAACAUACUCUGCCCGUCCAUGUCGGAGUACCUGAAAAUGGUCGAUAUGAAAACAGGCAGUCUCUUUCGCCUGUUGACACGUUUGAUGGUCGCCGAAAGCCCCGUCAGCAAGAGCAUGUCCGUGUCGGACGAUGCUCUGAACCAGCUGAGCUGUCUCAUCGGGCGUUUCUUCCAAAUCCGCGACGACUACCAGAACCUCGCGUCGGCUGACUACGCUAAGCAAAAGGGCUUCGCUGAAGACCUCGAUGAAGGGAAAUUCUCGUUCACACUCAUCUACUCCCUCCAGGCCGUGGAGUCAGAGCCCAGGUUUGCGGGUGAUGCGAUGCAGUUGCGCGCAUUCCUUAUGAAGAGGAGACUUGACGGUAAGCUCAGCAAUGAGGCUAAGCGAGAGGUGUUGGCGAUUAUGAAGAAGACAAAAAGUCUGGAGUACACACUCAGCGUCCUCAGGGAGUUACAUGACGAAUUGCAAAAGGAAGUCGGCAGGUUAGAAGAUAAGUUUGGUGAAGAGAACUUCUUAUUGAGGGUGAUGUUGGAGAUGCUCAAGGUGUAG